AUGUCUCAGGCCCCAACCAUCAUAAUCAUCGGCGCCGGUAUAAUCGGCCUGUCGACAGCCGUCAGAUUACAACAAAAUCUAAAACAGCAUGCAAACUCUCCCCGCCCGCAGAUUCUCCUAGUAGCCCGAGAAUGGCCAGCUUCCAUCCCCGGAGCACCUCCCCUGCACUCCGUGGACUACGCCUCAAUGUGGGCGGGCGCCCAUGUUCGCCCCAUCCCAGCUACAACAGCUCAACUCAAGCAAGAAGCGAAAUGGCUCAGACAGGCCGUCAUGGAAUUUGACCGACAAGCUACGGAGGAGCCAGCAUGCGGCGUGACGAGAACUACUGGCGUGGAAUACCUCGAGUCGCCGGACCAGGGCUAUGUGCAACAAGAUGCAGCGAGCUUCGCCAGUGAAACAGGACUUUCGGGAUAUAGAAAGUAUUCCAAGUCGGAAUUGCCAGAAGGCGUUGCACUCGGGUAUGAGUACGAGACGUUUUGCAUUAAUUCACCCGUGUAUUGCGAGUCUUUACUGCGGCAGUUUCUAGUACAAGGCGGUAAGACUAUGAAGAAAGAUCUUAAAAGCGAGUGGGAGGCAUUUAGCUUGGCUGCGAAUGUGUUGUUCGUUAUAAAUGCGAGUGGGACCGGUUUUGGGGAUCCCAAUUGUUUUCCAACCAGAGGUCAAACGGUUGUGACAGAUUUGCUAGACGUCAAAAGAACGGUCACAAAGCAGAACAAGGACGGUGCUUGGAGUUUCCUAAUCCCUAGAUUCUUCAACGGUGGGACGAUUGUCGGAGGGACAAAGGAGCCAGGUGACUGGCGAUCGACACCUUGCAUGCGAACCAGACAAAAGUUGCUGGAAAAUGGUCUUGAAAUCGAACCACUCGCCCACGGGGACAGCAUAUCUACACCCAAGAAGACUAUUGAUGAAAUCGGAGUCAUAUCAGAUGUCGUGGGGAGGCGCCCAACACGUCAAGGUGGCAUGAGAAUAGAAGUCGAAAAGCGGACAGUAGCCCAGCACCUAAAUGGGUCUGUGAACCGUUCUGUCAUUCAUGCAUAUGGUGCUGGUGGUCGGGGAUACGAGAUUAGUUGGGGUGUUGCGAACGAAGUUGUUACACUGGCAGUGCCUCUAUUGGCGAAGUCGCAAAUCGUAGCCAAAUUAUGA